UACACGUCAACCGGUCGAGUAGGUUGGAGUAGGUAAUCAGUAUUAAAUUAAAUUCCAAAGUUCAAAGUGAAACAUAGUAACAAAUUCAAUUUCUGCAUUGAAUGACAACGUAACUGUCGCAAUUACCAUAUGGAGACCCAUAAGGAGAAUUGUAUAUUUUGUAAAAUUAUAGAGAAUAAAGCACCAAGUGAAAAAAUUUACGAGGACGAUUAUGUAACGUGCAUCAAGGACAUUAAACCGGCCUCAACGCAUCACUAUUUGAUACUGCCAAAUAAGCACAUACGAAAUGCCAAAGAACUUAGAGUCGAAGAUUCAGAACUUUAUGCCAAAAUGAUCUCUACUAUGGAUCUGAUAUUAGAAAAGCAAGGACUUGAUCCCGAAGCCACUCGUACUGGAUUCCAUUGGCCACCAUUUAAUACAGUAGACCAUCUGCAUUUGCAUGUUAUUUCUCCAAUAGAGAAUAUGAGCUUUAUUAACAAGCUUCUUUUCACACAUAGCUCCUACUGGUUUGUCAGUACCGAUUAUGUGAAAUCACAACUGAAUCCCUGUAGUUAA